UGUGAUAAGGAAAAGUUCGAAAGUACAAUAUUGAAUAUUGAAUAACAACUUCACUUCAACACUACAACAGUUCAGAAAUACAAACUACAAGUGUGUAACAUCAUGAUGCAUUUGUAGGCUCCAUCUUAAGUCUAAAUUCUGAUGUACUUACACUGUUGCAAUUGCGAGCAAUAACGGGUAGUAUUGACUUAUUGAGUGAUUGUAAAUUUUAUUUUUUGAAACUACAGACCACCUGCUGCGGCGGCGGUCCAAAGUAUUUAAGAUUUUCACUCACUCGUUCUCGUGUCCUCGACCUCCUGGACAGCGAUGUCUUUGAUUUAGGCCAAAUCUGUUGAUGGCCCGCAGAUGGAAAAUAAAUUAUUAGCCGACUAUGAACAGCAAUUUGGUGUGACCAGUGCUGAGAUCACAUCGAAAAUCAGCCGACUCGGCCAUAUAGCGGGCAGCGAUAGAAAUGACUACAUCAAAGAAAUCGAACGAAACCUCGACGAGGUUCAUGAUUUGUUGGAACAAAUGGACCUAUCAGUCAAAGAAUCGGAUGUGUCUGUACGCGCUAAACUGCACAACCGAGUAGCUAGUUACAGGGCCGAACUGCAUAGAUUAGCCAAGGAGUUUGCCCGAGCAAAAUGUACAGUCAACAUUGAUUUAGAAGAUGAUAAUCAUUUUGCUGAAAGUGAAGAUGUGACUUCAGAACAAAAACAGAGGUUACUUUAUACCUCUGAACGUUUAAACCAAUCAGGAAUACAAUUGGAUAACACUUAUCGUAUUUCUGUUGAAACUGAAGAAAUUGGUUCACAAAUACUGACGGAUUUAAAUCGCCAACGAGAAACUAUGCAUAAUUCUUUUAAUAGGCUCAGAGAUGCCAAUGCAGACCUGGGUAGAAGCACCCGAAUGAUAAAUGCCAUAAUUGUACGUUCCAGACAACACAAAAUCAUACUCUUUGGUGUUAUGGCAGCAUUUUGUUUUCUCUUGGUCUUUGCGUUUUACCAUUCAUUCCUUUAAAUAUCCAUUCCUAUUUCACAGGUUAACUUGUUUUAGUUUUGUUAUUGCCUUUUUGAAUUUACAAUAUAAUUGUUAUUAUUUAUAUUUGAAAUAAUUUAAACAGUCAUUUCUGAACAACUAUCUUUAUAAACAUAAAAUAUUCAAAUACUGUCAUAACAAAUAAAAGUGUAUAUAAUUAAUUCAGAAUUCUAAAGAUUUUUAUAAAAUCAUUCAACUAAAAGGAUGCCACACCCAUAUGUGUUACCUCUGUCUUACAAAUUUUACAGUAUAGUAAUUUUUACUUUCACAAUAAUCCAUUUUACUAUGAUAUCUAUAUUAGAGUGUAUAGAUUAAUACCGUAAAAUGUAUAAGUAAAUUACUAUCUAGGCCUUUUCAUACUCUUAAAUAUUUACAAAACAAUUAGUUUUCAAAUGCUCAUAUUUGCUUUGUAAUUAAAAUAUCAACAAAGCAUUUGAAAUGUCUUGUAUAAUAAUCUUACCUUUACAUUUUAUAAUAGGCCAUUCACUCUAAUUUUAAAAAUAACAGAAAAUGAAUUCUCAUAAAUGUACAAUUUGCUAUGUUGUAUAUUUAUAAGAUGAAGACUACACAUUCGGGUGUGGCAUCCUCCUAAGUCUGUCCAUUAUUUAUGUGCUUUUAAACAAAUUAUAUAAUAUUUUUGUCCGCCUGUUAAAAUUAAUUAUACUGAAUUAUUUAAUAUCAACUCUUUUAUUGAGUUAUUUUACUUUUAUGCUACAAGUAAAACCACAUUAUCUAGUUGAAUUUAUUCAGAGGAUUGGAUUAUUGACAAAAUAAAUAAUAUUAUCAUUUAGUA